GGCGCGUCCUGCAUCGGCACGCGUUCAACAGCAGACAGCAGAGGAGAGAGAAGCGGACAGAGGAGCUUAACAGUCACCAAAUAAACCCCGAGAGCACCCUAAAACUAAACAUGGUCGACCGCGAGCAGCUGGUGCAGAAAGCCAGACUGGCCGAGCAGGCGGAGAGAUAUGAUGAUAUGGCUGCAGCCAUGAAAUCGGUGACAGAGCUGAAUGAAGCCCUGUCCAACGAGGAGAGGAACCUGCUCUCGGUGGCCUACAAGAAUGUAGUUGGAGCACGUCGUUCCUCCUGGCGCGUCAUUUCCAGCAUCGAGCAGAAGACCUCAGCGGAUGGCAACGAGAAAAAAAUUGAGAUGGUUCGCGCUUAUCGCGAAAAGAUCGAGAAGGAGCUGGAGACCGUGUGCCAAGAUGUGCUCAACCUCCUCGACAACUUCCUGAUCAAGAACUGCAGCGAGACCCAGCACGAGAGCAAAGUCUUCUACCUGAAGAUGAAGGGCGACUACUAUCGUUACCUGGCGGAGGUGGCGACAGGGGAAAAGAGAGCCGCGGUGGUGGAGUCUUCAGAGAAAUCCUACAGCGAGGCUCAUGAGAUCAGCAAAGAGCACAUGCAGCCUACGCACCCCAUUCGCCUGGGUCUGGCGCUCAAUUACUCCGUCUUCUACUACGAGAUUCAAAACGCACCCGAACAAGCCUGCCAUCUUGCCAAGACGGCUUUCGAUGAUGCAAUUGCCGAAUUGGACACCCUGAACGAAGACUCCUACAAAGACUCGACCCUCAUCAUGCAGCUGCUGCGAGACAACUUGACGCUCUGGACGAGCGAUCAACAAGAUGACGAGGGAGGCGAAGGCAACAAUUAAAGCGUUGAAGAAAAGCGAAGAUCUUUUGAGACCCUUUUCCUCUCAGCCGUAACAUAAAACACGCGUGCUCACACUACAAAGAAAAACAAAUAAAAAUUUCACAAGAGGGAGGCAUGAUGGAACUGUGUCAGCCAUGUCUGCUGAUAAGUAAAGCAGCGCAGUUUUCUUUGAUUUCCACUAAAUUAAGAUUAAAGAAAUACGUUAGAUAAAUCGAAUGAUAUGCCUCAAAUCAAAAUUAAGCAGUUCUAAAGAUUAAAAAAUAAACCUCUCCUUCUGUGACGUUUACUUUUUGAGGAAAAAGUCUGGUCAGUACGUCGGUCUACUCAAUAAGGCUGAAAAAGGGUUACGAUACACCCUGGCAUAGUGACUGUUCUUGUAGUGAAAUACAAAGCGGAGCUGCUUAUAUUAAUUUACAUUUGGAGUAAGGAGUACAUCGAGGGUUGGCUUAAGGUUAAAAAAAAAAAAAACGAAAAAAAAAAACGUAAGUGAAAACUUGAAUGUUAUCGCCUCGCAAAAAUAGGAGUUUGCAAACAGGCUGCACUGAGCGUCAACGGUCGUGUUUUUGUCUUUGAUAUUCGUUCAUAGGGAUUCUGAAAUGCACCCACUAAUAUUUACAAGUCGUUUAUUAUGUCGACUGAUUAUUUGUGCAAUUUAUGAUACACAUCGUUAGUCUGCAUCUCACCACACUGAACUACUGUAUUACAGUAAUGUUGAUUAAGUGUGCGAAAAUAACAGUUAUGACUACCCCAGUUACAGUCCAAUGCUAAAAGCUCUCACCAAAAUUAACAAUGAUUGCAGUCGUUAUUAUUAUCAUUAUUAGUAUGGAAAUUUAAUAUCGUGUCAAGCCUGACCUACAACGUACGAAAAUAUAACUUCAUUUUAAUGCGUUGAAGAGUAGUUCUAAAUAGUAUAGACGAAAUAAUCAAAUGGUACAGGCAUAAAAAUAUAGCGAAUAAUAAUAAUAAAACUGACUAAAAAUAAGUGCAAACAACUAAAUCCCAAUGCUUAAUGACCACUACAAAAUUAAAGCAAUGCAUAAUGCAUUAAUACACUCAGUUAGUAUUACUGGUACCAUAGACUAUUUUUUGAUUAGUUUAAUUUAUUUUUGCAAGUUUUUGACAGUGGACAGGCAUAAAAUAGCUUUUGUUAACUUUGUAAUUCUCAUGAAAUGCACUUGCCUAUUAUACUGUUUCUCAGUGUUGGACGAUUACAGCUCCAAUAUUCUUGAUAAUACAAUAUUGUGCAUGCUGGUGACGUAUUUAUAUACCAUAGCUUGACUUUAUUAACUUUAAAAACUGUAGAUGUUAUGUAUUCAUAUGAACGAUGAGAAGAAUUGAAUCUGAUUAUUUUAUAUUUAUUACUUUUUAUUGGAUUGUUAUGAUUUUUUUUUUAUUAUUAUGUUUUUUUUUUUCCUUGCUGAAGUAUGCUAUACCAAAAUAGUGUGUGGUUACCAUGAAUUAAUCUGUUAUGGAUGUUGCUCUAGUGACAUGCGGUUCUUGUAUUUGGUUUUUAAUUAACAAAACAAAAGAAGAAAAGAAAGAGAAAACACCACACUUGGUGUUUUACACGGUUAAUUGUUAAUUAAUGUUGUUCUUAAAAUGACUUUUUCCUUUUCUGUGCUUUCUUCUGUCAAACUCUACUGUGAGAUAUUUAAGAAUUGCUGUAAAAUCGGUGUUUGUUUUUCUUUCCUCCUCAGAAUCUGUUUCUGAUUCACUCAUUGCCUAUUCUUAUGAUUUCCGGUCUCUUUUGUUUUUCCUCGUCUACUGGUAUCUUCAAUGUGAGUCAUGUAGCGGUUGCACAAAAGAAACAUAAUGAUAAUAAUAAUGAUAACUUAAAAAAAUAAAUAAAAAUAAAAACAUGACUGUGCUCUUCUAA